AUGGCUCGCCGACCCGUGCUCGGAUUCCUGGCGGCGGCUGUGGCCCUUCAUGGCCUCUGCCGCUGGGCUUUCGUCGCGCCUGCACCAGGCCGCGCAGGGCUAAGCCAGGCUGUCCCCAGCACCUGGGAGAAGCCAAGCUCCUCGGACUCGACUUGGAGCUCCGGGCUCGCGACGGCCUGCGGCGUUGCCGGAACUGCCGCCCUGGCGGUGAUGGCUUCUCGCUCUCCCCGCGUCGCUACCCGGGCACUUCCUGGGUCCCCGAGCCUCAUCCAGGUCUUGGAGCAGAAAGGACUGCUGUCGACAGUGGAGAACCUGGGCCUCCUCUCCGCGGCGGAGAAAGCCGGCGUCAAGGUGAGUACCGUCGAGGAGCUGGGCCUCUUGAAGCUCGCGGAGAAGCUCAACUUGCUGAGUUUGGCGGAGAAUGUGUUGACGAACGGUUCCACGCCCUUCCUCAUGCUGGGAGGAGCCGGCGUGUUGGCCGCCUUGUCCUUUGUCUGUGCCACCCAGCCAAGCGGCACCUUCAUCCAGUACUUCUUGACAGGUGCUUUUGGCGCCCCAGCCCUGGUCCUUGCCGGAGCUGCCCUCGUCAUCCUGGCUGUGUUCGGCGGCACCAGGAGGACCCGGGACAUCGACGUCGCGGAGAAGGCACAGCAGUGCGGGGCUGCCAGGCCUACAGCUACGGCGCAGGCGGCUUCCAGUCGGAGGAGAUCUUCCGCUCGGCUUCUCUGCUUGAGACCGUCGAGCAGAAGCAGAUCCUGUCCUUCCUUGAGGAGAACCAGCUCUUGA